CGAGGCGAGGGCGACGGGAGCCGUCAUGGGGCGAGGUCGUUCGGCGUCAUCGACGGCGUCGCGCUCGCGCUCGCGCUCCCAAUCCCGGGAGAGGAAGGACAGGAAGCGUCACCGUCGGAAAUCGUCCUCCAAGCAUCACCGGAAGCAUCGUCGGAAGCAUAAGAAGAGUCGGCAUCGAUCGUACUCAUCCUCGUCCUCGCGCAGCCGCAGCCGCAGCCGCAGCCGCGACCGCGAGGGUGGGCGCAAGGACCGUAAGCACGAGGACACGUCCAGAUCGCGGUCGCGGAAGCGGCGUAAGACGCGAUCGCCCGAGCGCGCUCGCUCACGAACGCGAUCCCCCGAGACGAACAACGACGAUCCGCGAUCGAACGACCGCGCGCGCGGACGCUCGCGCAGCAGAGAUCGCGGGGCUUCCGGGAACGCGCGCGCGUUCUCGCGGGAUCGACGCGAGAGCGACGGGCGCGAUCGACGCGGGGACCGAGGCGGAGGAGAACGAGGACGCGGACCAGGUCGCGGCCACGACGAGCGAAGACGAGACGAUUCCCGCCAGCGCGGCGACCACCGAGGCGACCACCGAGGCGCCGCGCACGAGCAGCGGCGGGGCCCGAGCGAUCACCACGACCGCGGCGGACACCGCGGCAGCACCGGGUUCGGGCGCGCGGCGGACAUACCGCGUCGACCAGGGGAGCACUCGAGGAACCCGCCCGAGAGACUGGGACCGAACUCGGUCGGGUAUCCGGGCGGCGGCGCGCGCGGGCGGUCGCCCCCUCGCGCGCCGCGAGAGCCUCCGCGCGCGCCCGGCGGCGGCGGCGGUGGCGGGAGCGGCGGCGGCGGCGGCGGCGCGGGAUGGGACAAACCGACAGUAGGCACGAGCGGCGCCGCGUUCAAAGCGACGGGCGAGGAGGACGGCGCGAACCUCGUGUACUACAGCGCCGAGCUCGACGGCGCCGCCACGCCGUGCUGGGCAGCCGCGGCGGACCGCGACGCCGCGGGCGACGCCGCGGGCGACGCCGCGAGCGCGACGACGAACGCCGCGAGAUGGGGCGCGUACCCGGCGUGCACGUCGGGAUUAGGAACGGAGAUCCUGGACUUCAUCGCGUACUGCUCCCCGGACGCGGACGAAUUGAAAGCGCGGUACGCCGCGGUGCUGCGGCUCGACCGGCUCGGAAAGAGGCUGUGGGGCGAAGGCGCGGAGGUGGAGUGCUUCGGCUCCACGAAACACAAGAUGCCGUUGUACUACAGCGGGAUAGACAUGCGGAUCAAGACCACUGGAAAGUACGAGCAUCUCCCCGAGUGCCAGGGCAUCACGCGGCUGGGCACGGAGAUCAUGGAGCAGGCGUGGGCGACGGACGUGGACCCGCGCGUGACCGGCCGCGUGCCGAUGAUUUCCUACGUCGACCGCGCGACGGGGCUGAAGUGCAAGGUGUGCGUCGGGAACCGGCAGACCGUCCGCGGGACGUCGUUCUUCAACACCCCGAUGAUCCCGCUGUCCGCGAGAUUCCCGAUGUUCAAGCUUCUCAUGCUCCCGCUGAAGUGCGUGUUCACCCAACGCGGUCUCGAGAAGUCCUUCGGCGGCGGUUUAGGGACGUUUCGCGUCGGGAUGUUGCUGUUGAACUACUUCGCGAUGCACGUGCCGGUGAGCACACAGCCGCCGACGCCGGAGACCUUGGGCGCGGCGCUGAUCGGAUUUUUCAGGUACUACGCCGGAGAGUCCCCGGACGCGACGUGCGACGCGCACUGCGCGCCGUGGCAGCGAUGGAGCGCAAACUACGAGGCCGCUUCAGAAUUUUACGUCCUGGGCGUGCAGGUCGACUUCGGCGGGUGCGCCAUGGGCGAGGUUCAGAUGGUGUUGAAGGCGUGCGCGAACGCGCUGCAGGCGGCGCGACCGAACGCGAGCACUCGCACGACGAUCCUCUCGCGGCUCAUCGACGACACGAUCAUAGCGGACGCGCGCGAGGGCGCGCGGCGGCAGUCGCGCGCGAGAGAAAACGCGUUGUCGGCGGAGGCAGCGGCGGCGUUGCCGGCGUCGUUCGUCCCGGAGCGGCGGACGACGUUCGUGUCGGACGCGCCGCUGCCGACGCUGCCGGCCGGGGGCGACGCGACGGGGGGCGACGCCAUCGGCGGACCGAAAGGCGGCGGACCGAGCGGCGCGGGCGCGGACGUGCCGUCCACGUGCGUCAACCUGAAGAACAUGUUCGACCCGGCGCACGCCUCGCGGGACGCGUCCGUCGUCUCCGAGGUGCACGAGGACGUUCGCCUGGAGUGCGGGAAUCACGGCGUGGUGACGCACUCCGCGGUGGAUAAGAACAGUCAGGGGUUCGUGUACGUCAAGUUCGACACGGUUCAAGCCGCGACGGAGGCGCGGAGGACGCUCAACGCGCGCUGGUUCGCGGGGCGGCUCGUCACGUGCGACUUCAUCGCGGAGGACGAGUACGACGCCGUCGUGAAGUCGUUGUCGUGAGCGCACGCGACCGAAGCGUUGUCUUUAGAUCGUCGCGCGUUUACUACUACCAUCACGUCUACUACGC